AUGUCCGGGCACGAAACCAUCCUCGAGGACCCCAUCACCCCUGCCCCCUUAUUCGCAUAUCGAGCGAUCAGAAGCAUGUUCUUUGCAUCCCCCGAUUCUUCCCCGGAGCAUGAAAAUAAAGAGAAUAUUGCUCCUCCUUCACCCAUGAGAUCGAAAUUUUUAGUGGAUGGACCGGUGCAGUUGACGCCGUCGCAGAAACGCAAGUGGGACAGUCAAGGCACUGUUUUAUCGCCGACGAAGGGCAUUCUAAGGACACCAGGCCUUCCUACUCCCCGGGCGAAAUAUUUGAGAGAUAUCAAUGUGAAGUUCAAGAGCCUGAGCCCGGAAGCGGUGGACAAGACAGCAGAAGCUCCGAAGCCUGAGUAUGCUACUCUCAGCCAGGGCUCGUCCGUGUCGACAGAAGCAUCACCAGCAAUUCGAGCCUCAAAGCCGAUGAAGGAACUUACGUUCUCGAAGAAAACGCACUCGUCACAGCCCAAGUCAGACAAGCAACCAAUCAUCUCAGCGCCCAAGGAACCCCCAUCUACGUCGGCACCUACCAUUGUCACCGCCACGACAGAUGUGCUUUGCCCAUCCCAAAUCCACGCCUAUGUUCAGCAGACAGAAAGAGAAGUCAAGAGAUUGGUUCGGUAUGGGCAGAAGAUGCGAGAAUAUGCGCGCAAAAAGGACGCCGAGAACCAGGAGCUAAAAUAUACGAUUGAACAACUACGCAAGGAGAACGAGAGAUUGAGAAAUGAAAAUAGAAGUGUCGGCAGAGCGAAUUUGGAGGCGAAGCAUGGGGCACGGGAAAGGGAUAGGAAUCUUGCUGCUGUGGGAGUCAGUCGAGGGGAUGUGGGUGAAGAAGUCGUUAGACACCAGGCCCAGGCCGGGAACGCGGUACCAAAUACUUGGUCAUGUCGGACAACAGGUCCAGAUACCGACGUGGACACGCGGCAGAAACCAUCUUCGUCAACCCUCAGAUCCAGCACUCAGCCUGGCAGCGCUUCGUCGUCUGUCGAACCUCAGGUUCGGUCCGACCUCGCUCCUCCGACACAAGCAAUCCGACCAGCUAAUAGUGUCGGUUUAGGAGUCGGGACAUCAACUUCAACAGGCACAGCAAUAACCCGCCUCCCGCCGGACCGUGAGGCUGCGGCACGUGAAAGGUUGCGCCGGCGCAUGGAGGUGAGAAAAGCGAGCACCGAGAACGACAAACUGAAUCAGAAGACCCAGACUAUUGUCGACACUGGGCAGGGUUCACAGACGUUGAACCAUGAGGUCCAGAACCAGAGCCAAGACGUGAGCCAGGUGGAUUGGGUGAAUCUAUGA